GUGAAGCUUUUCCGUGAGCAGAGUAAGAUAAUCAAGGUAGAAAUCACUGAAAGGUAUAGCUUCCAGGAGCUCCUAUUAUGAAAAAUUCAACAAUUUUUCACAAGGAUUGCUCGCAACACUCUUUCACUGUCUCAACAAGUUCUCUGAUCACUAUCCUUUCGCUGUCGGGAGUCUGUGGAAUUGCAGCGAUUUUUUUAAACAUUUUGGUCAUUUUGGUGAUUUGUCACAAACCUGCGCUACGAUCCAUGACAAACUAUUGGAUUGUUUCCCUCGCCGUUGCCGAUUUGCUGAUUGCAACAUUGGGUGUGCCAGUGUGGUGUUUAAAACUCCUUCAAAAGGCACACUUCAUCGAGGAAAACGUGCAUAACUUGUUCACGGUGAUUGUGGUUUUGACACUGUCUGCUUCCUCGCUAAACCUUCUUGCGUUAAGUUACGACCGCUAUGUAGGUGUCACUGCACCAUUUCAAUACCAAAGUAGACUUACCCCACGAAAGUGCGGAAAAAUCAUCGCAGUAAUUUGGACCUCAUCCCUUCUAGUAUCAUUAAUAUCACUGAAAAACAACUGUGGCAUAUCAGGGCAGGGCCAUUUUGCCCUCUUUAUGGGCAUCUUUGGUAUUCCAUUUGUGUUUAUUUCCUAUUUCUACGUGCGAAUCUUCAAGGAAGCCAACAGGCAGAAAAGAUUGAUAAAAGUGCAAGAAACCCGCUCAAAUCAGCACCAACCCUGUUUCCUGAAAGAAUACAAAGCCGUCAUGACUGUUGCUAUGGUGACGGGCUCGUUUGCACUUUGUUGGCUUCCAGGUUUGAUUGAUUCGGCGAUUCACCUUUCAGCGCCAAAAUUUUGGGCCGACACUCAGUUAUGGCUAGGUACAACUACCCUGGCUUGUUUUUCUUCAGUGUUAAAUCCUAUCUUAUACUCUGUGCGGAUAAAGGCGUUCAGAAGCACGCUCCCAAUUACAACAAUUUUCCCGAAGGUCAAGAGAAAUUCAGUCAGUAUUGUCAGUCACACUGUUUGACAACUUUAAAGCGGGCUUCUUUGAUGUAAAUGAGAGUUAUUCAGAGGUCAAUUUAGUUAAGCCUAUUGUAAAAUCUCAUAACUUGAGUAUUGUUGUUAAACUAAUCUUCCUUCGCAGUAAUUAAACCUCUUUAGACCACCGUGCACUCUCCAUUCAGAUAACUGAAUGUUUCAUAACGAAAUUUCAGUCAUUUCAAAGGAGGGUACUUACGCACGCAACAAUUAUUUGAUGCGGCACUUUUUGUGUUUAAAAACGAAUAGCACCCACAACCUCUUAGGAAUUACUUUUGAGAUUUUUAUUUUAUCACAAGAAAUUUGUCAACUUGGCUUUAUACGGAGGGUAGCAAAAAGGGGAUUUUGAUUUCGUUUCACGCACGAAUUUUAGAAAAAUUCACGCGUCACGUGCACUUUAAAGAGUUUUUUCACGCAUCACGCAUUUAAAACGGAAAACUUCAAAUCUCACCAUACCACGCCUUUCUGUAAAAUUCAUUCUUCACGUGCACUCUAAAUAGUUUUUCACGUCACAAAUUUAGAAGGAAAAACUUCAAAUCUCACCAUACUAUGCCUUUCUUUAUAAUUCAUGCUUCACCUUCACUUUAAACAGUUUUUCACGCGUCACGAAUUUAAAAGGGAAAACUUAAAAUCUCACCACACCAUGCCUUUUUGUAAAAUUCAUGCUUCACGUGCACUUUAAACAGUUUUUCACGCAUCACGAAUUUAAAAUGCAAAACUUCAAAUCUCACCAUACCAUGUUUUUCUGUAAAAUUCACUGGGUCGAAUAGAGAAACAAACUAAAGCAAACGUCUGCAAGACAGGCUGCAAUUUAUGUCGAUGGAUGUGGGCGAGUUGCGAUUCAAUUGGAAAUGUCAUUGGUAUUGAUCCUUUCAAAAAUAAAGAAAGCUACUCAGGAGACUAGCCUACCAAAUUUCAUAUUGAAACUUCGAUAGGUGAAAAACAGCUUUUAUCGAUAGCUUUUCCUUCGUAAUGUCGCAACUCAUAAUUUCAUGGCGUGUACAAGUUUACCUCGUCAAACCUUUAGCAAAUAUUGUUUGUUCACUUAAUGCAAUAAAAGUUGAAUAAAAUGCAACCACGCUGGAAAAUUCUCAUAUGGAAAACUCAAUAUUAAUUUCCGACCUCAGCAACAUGAGAUAAAAUCAACUCCUUUAUUAAAGGUAAAUUGCUAGCUUUAUCUAAUGCAUAUGGCCCAAGAACACACGCAACAUUUAAACGCAACCUUUAAACGCAACAUCUUAUAUUUGAGAUGUUGUGAAAGAGCUGGCCAAAGGCGCGCAUCAUCUUGCAGAAUCCAAAAAUG